AUGACCAGAACUUCUGUCUUAGCUGAUGCUUUAAACUCCAUUAACAACGCCGAAAAGACCGGUAAACGUCAAGUUUUAAUCAGACCUUCCUCCAAGGUCAUCAUCAAGUUCUUGACUGUUAUGCAAAAACAUGGUAUGUUUUGACUGCUUCGAUUGUAACAACACAUUACAACCCCCUCCUUUAUAUCUCUAGCCCCGGAUUGAUAACUGGAUGGAUUGAUCGGUGUUCAGUCCCUUUCUGUCUUUUAAGUAUUCGGAAAAGCAAAGUCUGAAGAAACAUUCCUGGUUUUGGUAUUGCCUUAUUUAUAGGGUACCUAUUAUCUCAAUCGUUUGUUUUUUCCCCGACAUUUUAUCUUUCUCUAAUCUAAUGUGUUGUGUGUUUUAUCCUUGUGACAAAACAAUUUACUAACAGAAACUAGGUUACAUUGGUGAAUUUGAAUAUAUUGAUGACCACAGAUCCGGUAAGAUUGUCGUUCAAUUGAACGGUAGAUUAAACAAGUGUGGUGUUAUCUCUCCAAGAUUCAACGUCAAGGUUGGUGACAUGGAAAGAUGGACUGACAACUUGUUACCAGCCAGACAAUUCGGUUAUGUCAUUUUAACUACUUCUGCUGGUAUUAUGGACCACGAAGAAGCUAGAAGAAAGCACGUUGCUGGUAAGAUCUUGGGUUUCGUUUAUUAG